AUGCCCUCUCUGCAAGACAGCAAGCUCGCCUUCCUCGGCGGAGGCAACAUGGCCUCGGCCAUCAUUGGCGGCCUCCUCAACCAGGGCAUCAACAAGCAGAACAUCACCGUGUCCGAGCCAUGGGAGGUCAACCGCAACAAGAUCGCCGAAUUGGGCGUGAACACGACGACUUCCAAUGUCGCUGCCGGUGGCGAAGCCGACCUCAUCAUCCUGGCCGUCAAGCCGCAGGUCGCCAAGACCGUCUGCGAGGAGCUGUCUGAGGCGUGGUCCAAGAGGUCGACAUUACCUGUUGUUGUCAGUAUCGCUGCGGGCAUUACUCUUGGGAGUAUGCAGCAAUGGAUCCGGACUGCGGAUGGCCGGAGUGCUCACCUUGUCCGCGUCAUGCCCAACACCCCUGCGCUUGUUGGAGAGGGUGCAUCGGGUCUCUUCGCCAGCCAGGAUGUGACCGCAGAGGAGAAGGAGCUUGUGGGUGCUCUCCUCCAGAGUGUCAGCAAGGCUACGGAGUGGGUUGACAAGGAGGAAUUGCUCGACGUUGUGACCGGGCUAUCAGGAUCCGGACCUGCAUACUUCUUCGCCAUGGUCGAGCACCUCGUCGCCAGCGCCACUGCUCUUGGCCUUCCAGCUGAACAGGCGACCCGCCUGGCAACACAGACCUGUCUCGGCGCCGGCCGCAUGAUGAAAGACUCGCCCGACACCCCGACGCAGCUGCGGAAGAAUGUCACUAGCCCGAAUGGAACAACACACGCCGCCCUGGAAACCUUCAAGGAGCUGAACUUUGAAGAGAUUGUUGACAAGGCCGUCAAGGCUGCGACGUCUCGUGCUGCUGAGCUGGGCAACACCCUGGGAAAGGCCUAG